UGAGAAGCGCCCGUUCACGAAGAUCAGCCAACCAUCUUUUGGGGAACUCCGGUGGUUGGCAUGUUCCUGUGGCUGCUGAAUAAGUCGCUGUUAGUAGCUGGCACGGCAGGUUCCCGUUUCCGCAUUCCAGACACGCAAGCGGGCUGGGGGAGGUACCACCAAGGCCAAGGGCAGCCUGCAGAGCUCAGGCAGGUAUACUUUGCUUGAAGAAGACCUGCCAAGACACCCGACUGCCUGGAACUCCCCUCACAGUCACCUGCCUACCUUGUGAUCGGGGACAUCUUUUAGAUGCGCAGUCUUUGACAUCAGCUCUCCUGGGACCCUCAAGGGACACUAGAGUCCAGAAUAUACUGAGGCAUGGCACCCGUGCAGCCUGCCGGCCCUCGCCACCGCCUGCUGUUUGCGCUGCCCUGCUGAGGCACCCAGGCUGGAGCCCCCAGGACAACACCUGCCUCCCGAGGUUGUCCUGGCCCGGUUUUCCACAGCGAUGGUGGAGAAUUGGACUCCACAGACUCACAACCUUCCCGUCAGGCUUCAGGAGCCAGCAUCCUUCAUCCUGGGACUGGCAGCCCUAAACAAUGGCUGAGGGCCAGGGGACCCCAUAAAGUUACUCCACAGCUUCCAGGGGCCAGUAGCACUCCAGUGCCUGUGGACUAUGACCACCUAUCGUCCCAUUCCCAGUGAUAGUGUGGACCUGGCAGCCAGCUGUGGGGCCAGGGGAGCUGAAGUCCUCCCUGGGCCACACACGGGGGACUAUGCUCCCAUGGGAUUCUGGGUCCAGAACGGCGGCAUGCCCCAGGCUAUUGGUGAGAGCCCAGCCACCGCCACCACCCGCCCCAGUCCCACCACUCCUGCAGUACCCAAGAUGGGCGUGCGUGCAAGGGUGGCUGACUGGCCGCCCAAGAGAGAGGCCCUGAGAGAACAGAGCAACCCAAGCCCCUCGCAGGACACAGAUGGCACAAAGGCCACAAAGGGGGCCCAUUCCAUGCGGAGCAUACAGAAUGGACAGCCCCCUGCCAGCACUCUGGCUUCCUCGGGGUCCAAAGCCUUCCACCGACUCUCCAGGAGAAAGUCCAAAGAUGUGGAAUUCCAGGACGGGUGGCCCCGGUCCCCUGGCAGGGCCUUCCUUCCCCUGCGGCACCGCAGCAGCAGUGAGAUCACCCUCAGCGAGUGCGACGUGGAGGACGUGGGGGAGGCACGGGGGGGCCGGCUCACGGGGGCCCUGCCCCUCUUCCGAGAGUACGGGAGCACAUCGUCCAUCGAUGUGCAGGGCGUGCCUGAGCAGAGCUUCUUCGACAUUCUCAAUGAGUUCCGCAGCGAGCAGCCAGAGGCCCGAGGCUCCCAGAACCUCACCGAGCUCCUCCAGGCAGAUCCCAGCCUACACCUUACAGGGGGUGGCACCGGAGCCAAAGGGGACCCCCGCAGCGGGCAGCCCACCAGGGACCACCUUCUCCCACUGCAGCCCGGGAAGGAGAAGGAGAGGGCCCGCAAGAAGCCCGUGCGGGGCCUGGGCAGUGGGGAUGCAGUGGACUCAUCCAUCUUUCGGAAGCUGAGGAGCAAUAAGCCAGAAGGCGACGUGGGCCGGUCCCCAGGGGAGACAGAGGAGGGGCGGAGCCCUCAGGAGGCCAGCAGACCAUGGGUCUGCCAGAAGAGCUUUGCCCAUUUUGAUGUGCAGAGCAUGCUGUUUGACCUCCACGAGGCAGCCGCCAACAGGGUGUCCACGACCCAGAGGCGGAACACCACAACAGGGGCUUCAGCCGCCUCAGCCAUGGCAUCAUCCCUCACAGCGUCUCGAGCUAAUGGCCUUGGGGGCCUAGACACAGCCUUCACCAGCACAGAAGACUUGAACUGCAAGGAGAACCUGGAGCAGGACCUGGGUGACGACAACAGCAAUGACUUACUGCUCAGCUGCCCGCACUUCCGCAACGAGAUCGGGGGUGAAUAUGAGCGCAACGUGAGCUUCUCCCGGGCCUCUGCUGGUUCCCCAGGCGGGAGCGAGUGCCGCCUGGCUGAGCCCGCCCUCAGCACCUACCGCACCAAUGCCAGCAUCUCGGUGCUGGAGGUGCCCAAGGAGCAGCAGAGGACUCAGAGUCGCCCUCGGCAGUACAGCAUCGAGCACGUGGACCUGGGCGCCCGCUAUUACCAGGACUACUUCAUGGGCAAAGAGCAUGCCAGUUACUUUGGUGUGGAUGAGAAGCUGGGGCCAGUGGCCGUGAGCAUCAAGCGGGAAAAGCUGGAGGACCACAAGGACCAUGGGCCUCAAUACCAGUACAGGAUCAUCUUCCGGACCCAUGAGCUCAUCACCCUUCGGGGCUCCAUCCUGGAGGACGCCACACCCACAGCCAUGAAGCAUGGGACCGGGCGGGGCCUGCCCCUGAAGGAUGCCCUGGAAUAUGUCAUCCCUGAACUUAACAUCCACUGCCUGCGGCUGGCGCUCAACACUCCCAAGGUGACGGAGCAGCUGCUGAAGCUCGACGAGCAAGGGCUCUCCCGGAAACACAAAGUGGGCAUCCUCUACUGCAGGGCAGGCCAGAGCUCGGAGGAGGAGAUGUACAACAACGAGGAGGCCGGCCCCGCCUUCGAAGAGUUCCUCUCCCUGCUUGGCGAGAAGGUCUGCCUGAGGGGCUUCACCAAGUACGCCGCCCAGCUGGAUGUCAAGACGGACUCCACGGGAACCCACUCCCUCUACACCACCUACCAGGACUACGAGAUCAUGUUCCACGUCUCCACCCUGCUCCCUUACACCCCCAACAACAGGCAGCAGCUGCUACGGAAGAGGCACAUAGGAAACGACAUCGUGACGAUCAUCUUCCAGGAGCCGGGGGCACUGCCUUUCACCCCCAAGAACAUCCGCUCACAUUUUCAGCACGUCUUCAUCAUUGUCCGAGCUCACAACCCCUGCACUGACAAUGUCUGCUACAGUAUGGCUGUGACCCGAUCCAAAGACGCUCCUCCCUUUGGCCCCCCCAUCCCUAGUGGAACCACAUUCCGCAAAUCCGAUGUCUUCAGAGACUUCUUGCUGGCCAAGGUGAUCAAUGCGGAGAACGCCGCACACAAGUCCGACAAGUUCCGCACCAUGGCCGCCAGGACCCGGCAGGAGUACCUCAAGGACCUAGCUGAAAACUGUGUCUCUAACACACCCAUUGAUUCCAGUGGCAAGUUCAACCUCAUCUCCCUGACCUCCAAGAAGAAGGAGAAGACCAAAGCCCGGGCAGGCGCCGAGCAGCACAGCUUGGGGGCCAUCGCCUGGAGGGUGGCAGCUCAGGACUAUGGCCAGGGGGUAGAAAUCGACUGCAUUUUGGGGAUUUCCAAUGAGUUUGUGGUGCUCCUGGACCUACGCACCAAGGAGGUGGUAUUCAACUGCUACUGUGGGGAUGUCAUUGGCUGGACCCCAGACUCCUCAACACUCAAAAUCUUCUAUGGGCGUGGGGACCACAUCUUACUCCGGGCCUCUGAGGGCUCUGUGGAGGACAUCAGAGACAUCGUCCAGAGACUGAAGGUGAUGACCAACGGCUGGGAGACGGUGGACAUGACCCUGCGGCGGAAUGGUCUCGGGCAGCUGGGCUUCCACGUGAAGUACGACGGGACCGUGGCAGAGGUGGAAGAAUAUGGGUUUGCCUGGCAGGCCGGCCUCCGGCAAGGCAGCCGCCUGGUAGAAAUCUGCAAAGUGGCCGUGGUUACUCUGACCCACGACCAGAUGAUCGACCUGCUGCGCACCUCCGUCACCGUCAAGGUGGUCAUCAUCCCGCCCUUCGACGAUGGCACGCCCCGGAGGGGAUGGCCGGAGACCUAUGACAUGAAUACCUCGGAGCCCAAGCCUGAACCGGACAGCAUGCCCCCCGGAGGCCGGCCCCCCUACCGCAGCAAUGCACCCUGGCAGUGGAGUGGGCCCGCCUCCCACAACUCUCUACCAGCCUCCAAGUGGGCCACUCCUGCUGCCCCUGGCCACGCCCAGUCACUGAGCCGGCCCCUGAAGCAGACCCCCAUGGUUCCCUUUCGGGAGUCCCAGCCCCUGCACAGCAAGAGGCCCGUUAGCUUCCCAGAAACCCCUUACACAGCAUCACCAGCAGGGGUCGACAAAGCCCCUCCCUACCGACAGCCUUCUGGGAGCUUCUCCACUCCUGGCUCAGCCACCUACGCAAGAUACAAGCCGUCCCCAGAAAGGUAUGCGGCUGCCCCACACCCACUGCUGUCUUUCGAUCCCCACUUCGGCCAUGAUGGGACGUCCAGCGGGGACUCCUCCUCAGGUGGCCUGACCAGCCAGGAGAGCACGAUGGAACGCCAGAAGCCAGAACCUCUGUGGCAUGUGCCCGCCCAGGCGCGGCUCUCAGCCCUGGCUGGAAGCAGCGGGAGCAAACACACCUCCAGGCAGGACGCAGCAGGCAAAGAUUCCCCCAACAGGCAUUCCAAAGGAGAGCCUCAGUACUCCAGCCACUCCAGCAGCAAUACCCUGUCCAGCAACGCGUCCAGCAGUCACAGUGACGAUCGCUGGUUUGACCCCCUGGACCCUCUGGAGCCAGAGCAAGACCCCCUUUCCAAGGGCGGCUCCAGCGACAGUGGCAUUGACACCACCCUCUAUACCUCUAGUCCCAGCUGCAUGCCACUGGCCAAGGCGCCUCGGCCGGCCAAGCCACACAAGCCCCCAGGAAGUAUUGGCCUCUGUGGAGGUGGGCGCGAGGCCACCGGGCGGUCCCACCACGCAGACAGGCGGCGGGAGGUCUCUCCCGCCCCUGCAGUCGGGGGCCAGAGCAAGAGCUACCGACCGAAGCUGUACAGCACGGGCUCCAGCACCCCCACAGGCCUGGCGGGGGGCAGUCGCGACCCACCGAGGCAAACCAGCGACAUGAACACAAGGGCUGGUGGCGCUGCUCAGGCCUACAAAACGACCAGUGCAGAGGCUCCUCGGCCAUCCCAGCUGGUGCAGCCCGGCCCCUUCCCGCUCUCCGCCUCCGUCCCCAAGUCCUUCUUCUCUAAGCAGCCCGUGCGCAAUAAACACCCAAUGGGGUGGAAGAGAACGGAUGAGCCCUCGCCACGGCCGCUCCCCUUCACUGACCCAAAGAAGCAGGUGGACACCAACACGAAAAACGUAUUUGGGCAGCCACGGCUGAGGGCCUCCCUCCGCGAUCUGCGCUCCCCACGGAAGAACUAUAAGUCCACCAUUGAGGAUGACCUGAAGAAGCUCAUCAUCAUGGACAACCUGGCCCCAGACCAGGAGAGAGAUGCGGAAUCGCCACCGAAGAGUCUGCAGCGGACCUUGUCUGACGAGAGUCUGUGCAGUGGGCGGCGUGAGCCCAGCUUUGCCAACCCGGCCAGCCUGGAGGUGGGCCUGCCCAGCGACGUGCUCUUCACCAGCACCUGCGCUUUCCCCUCCAGCACGCUGCCUGCCCGCCGCCAGCACCAGCACCCCCACCCGCCCGGCGGCAGCCUCAGCACCAUCCCUGCCACUGGCAACAGCUUCCCAGAGAAGAAAUCCACCAUCUCAGCCUCCGAGCUCUCACUGGCUGACGGGCGGGACCGGCCGCUGCGACGCCUCGACCCCGGGAUGAUGCCACUGCCCGACACAGCUGCGGGCCUCGAGUGGUCCAGCCUGGUGAACGCAGCCAAGGCGUACGAAGUGCAAAGAGCUGUGUCGCUCUUCUCGCUCAACGACCCGGCUCUGAGCCCAGACAUGCCGCCUGCACACAGUCCUGUCCACAGCCACCUGAGCCUGGAGAGAGGACCCCCGACCCCCAGGACCACCCCAACCAUGAGCGAGGAGCCGCCCCUCGAUCUGACAGGCAAGGUGUACCAGCUGGAAGCAAUGCUGAAACAGCUGCACACAGACCUCCAAAAGGAGAAGCAGGACAAGGCGGUGCUGCAGUCGGAGGUGGCCAGCCUGCGGCAGAACAACCAGCGGCUGCAGGAGGAGUCACAGGCCGCCAGCGAGCAGCUGCGAAAGUUCGCGGAGAUCUUCUGCCGGGAGAAGAAGGAGCUGUGAGGCAGAGAGGCUGCUGCGCCCGCCCCUCUGCCUGGGCAGCAGUGGGGCUGGGGGGCGGGGCAGGUGCUCCCGCUAUCCUGUCUCCCUUUGCUCAGCUACCGGGGUGGCAGGCGUGACCAGGGUAAUCCAGCCAGGGCCCCACGGCACUCCCCAUGGACACGAACACCUGAGGGACGCCUCUCCAGGAUUGUGAGCUGGGGUCUGCUCUUGGUCCUCCAGCCCCAAUGGGCCACAGGGUCUCAGGCCUUCCUCUGAACGGCUUAUCUCUGGUCCCUGGGGCCUGGGCCCUGUCCACCCUGCUCCUAGGGGCCCAUCCUGCUGGGCCCUACUUAGCCUCUUCCUAGGACCAAGCCAUCAGAAGCUGUAAAAAGGAGAGAGGGAGGGCAGGAGUGAGUCUCCAAACCCCAAUGCAGCAGGAGCUCACAAACCAAGUUUCUUCACCACGUACAAGAGCUGGGACCUGUGGGGCCCAGCCACCUGCAUGAGAAAUCAGUGUGAAAACGGCCCAUUCUUCCUACCCACCCCCUGCGCCCCGCCCCGGAGAGGUCAGGGCCCGUGUGCAAACAGGCCAGGGCUCUCGGUCCUUCAUGCACUCGCACCAGGAAGCACGGACAUCAUCUCCUCCCGACCCUGUAUUUCCAAAAAGAGCCAGCAGCACUUUCUUAGAGCUUCAGUUAUUUUCCUGGGGGUCCCAGGAUGGAGAGGGGAAACCCCAGCAUCCCAGAGUCAACUGCUGUAAGGGGAAACUGUGUGCACCACCCCUACAGUUUUCUGUCCGCCUCCCCACCAGCAGAGGCCGCGGCACCCGAGCCCCUCCCCCUCAGGCUCCUGCCCCGCACGGCCCAGCAGCAGAGCCACGGCCUCUUCCAGGCACCAGAAGGGGCUCUUUGGAGCCCCCAGGUCAUAGAGCUGGGGAGAAACAGCCUUCAUCUCGUCUCUGCUUUAGUUUUCUCUUUGCCCGCCUGGCAGCCCCCAAGGCAGCGGAGACUGGGACACCACUGUGCUCCCGGGGGCCUCUGCUGCGCUGCUGCACGACCCCCGAGAGACGCUGCUUCUCUAAAGGCAAUAAGGGGGCAGCUUGCCAGGCAGCAGGCUGGUGUGGUACUACGCUGCUCACCCAGGAAAGUUUCUUUUUUUCCUUUACAAACAAACAAAAAAUAUAUAUAUAUAUAUUUAUUUUUUCAUGUAGAGUUGUGCCAGAACAAGUCGUAUGGCCACAAUUUGUGGAUCCCCCACCUCAAGCUGAGGGUCGAGGCCCGUGCCCCAUGGGGCGGUGCUCGGCAGGAAGACUCAGAGGGACAGAGUCAGGCUGGGUGGGCGCGACUCCCCUUUCCGGGAAGCACCGCAGCAGGGAGAUGGCGGGGCCUGGCCCAGAGCAGCAUCCCGGGCCAAGAGCCAGCGCAGGGGGCCCAGUCCUUGUUCAGAGACCCCACUGCCUUCUCUUGGGGGCCAGAAACCUCAGGGAAGGGGGCCCUGGGGACUGCCCAGGGCACAGGCGUUCAGGGAGCAGGAGACAAGGACACGGACCGUGUCCCCUGCAGUCAGCCUCUGGCCCCUGGCGGCACUGCAGCCCUGUGACGAAGCCCGCACACCUGCCACCUCCUCACCCAUGCCUGCUGAGCUGCGGGACACGGGGCCGCAGGCGGGCCUGCUGGGUCCUCAGCCCUGGCCAACUACUGUGAUGUCUCUGUCCCUCGUCCCCGCCCGCUCUCUGGGCGCGGGCGCGGGCGGGCUCUCCAGGACCACCCUCCCCCGCCAGACCCCAGCCUGGAGCCUGCCCCGCCCCCUGAAGUUGUCGCCACGUCUUCAGAUCACUCAAACCGUUUCCGGGACCUGAUCGUGUACCUUGAAAAAUGUAAAUUAUGAUUUGUGGUUUCGUUUUCUGUUGUUUUUUAAGAAUCUCUGCAAAACAAAUCUAUUUAAUAUGAAGCUGGCAUUCUCUCUGAUGGCUAAAGAUGGCAACAGGGGUUUUUUCAUAUGUUGAUUUGUUUCAUUUGGAUUUUUUAUUCUUUGUCUUUUUUUUUCUAUCCCUGUCUUGAGAUUUUUCUGGCAUGUUUCCGGAAGUUUCAGAGGAAAUAAAUGUUUCAUAGAAA